GGCGGGAGCUCAAGGAGGAGGGAGCCCAGCUAUGGAAGGGAUGGGGCUUGUCGCUCAGCUUCACCGCUCCACCAUCUGCCCCGUGUGCCGGGACCACUUCAAGGAUCCGGUGCUGCUGGAUUGUGACCACAGCUACUGUCGGGCUUGCAUCACGGGCUUCUGGGCCCGAGGUGGUGCGCAGGUCCUGUCCUGCCCCCAGUGCCACAGGGUCUUUGAAAAGAAGAACCUCCGUACCCACGUCAAGCUGGCCGUGGAGGUCAAGAUCGCCCAGAACCUCAGCGCCAAGACAGCCCAGGACCCUCUGACCCCCAAGUGCCGGCGAGGGCGCAGGGGCUGCCUCCCCGUGUCUGUCGUUCCAGAGAGGAAGCAGGACAUUGGGAAGAUCUGCAGCUGCUGACAUGUCUCUGUAUCUCUACACUGCUUGACCCCGCCUGAUCCUCUUGGACCAUCUUAGAAGCAUCCAUCUGGACCUCUGAGCAGCCCUUGCUCCAGGACAGGCCCGAGGGACCCUGGUGUGCGGAGAUGCUGGGUUGUUGCCUUUGACUGUGAGGUGCAGAGGGCUGACCUGGGGGAUGACUAGGCCCUGAAGCUGCCAAGCAGUUGCCCAUAGUAAGGAUGAGCUGAGAAGCCUGGAGCAGAGCUGUGGGCACUACUAGGUGCUGCUGUGUCCCCAGGUCCGUGCUGCUGAUACAGGUCACCUUGGACUGUGAUGAGGGACACAUGGCUUCCUAGGAUUCAGACACCAUGGAGCUACUGAUUGCUUUUCACGAGGAUGCUGUGUCCCUUCUGGUGUGCCUUGGGCCCACAGGAGCAUUCAGCUUGCUGUUCUCACCACGAUGCGCGGUGGAAGAGGAUGUCUGGCCCGCAAAACAUGUAGGCACCUCACCCCUCUUGAGGGGGUCAGGGUGGGUCAUGAUAGCUGUCUUCCACCUGCCACAUGCAGAGGAGCUGGGGCAGAAGCACAUACAGCACCCUGUGCUGAGCAUCAGCUCAGUACUUUCAGGGGUUAUGUUUAGAGAGCAGCAGGCACUUGGGAUUCCUGGGACUUGUCGGUUCUCAGCCUGCCAACUCAGAGAUCGACCCUGCUAAGAGCCAGAUUUCCCCUUAAUGCAGGGCAUCGGGUACAUAUGGGACUUCAGGGGCCAUUGGUUGAAGAUAGCUUCCCUAGGAGGGGAAAAGCCUGAGGUUCAAGUCUCCACCCUUCUGAGCCAGCGUGUGCCCCUGACCUGGGGCAGGAUCAGAGCCAAGACUCCCCAGGGAGAAGGGCUCUAUAUCCCAACUCCUCCUGCCUGCAGCAUUUCAGUUCACUCUACUCGCCCUCUUCCCACAAGGGCACUUACGCUACUUCCCCAACAUAGCCCUGACUCCACCAGGAUUGCCUUGUAUUUAUGUUUGAUGCACUCUGCCUAUUUUUAAUGUGCAUUUAUCUCAGCCCUUUACCCUACUGCAAGUUGGAAAAUAAAUUCACAAGGGAGAUGGGGACCAUUCAUUCUGUGACAGAGGUGGGGAAGACCUGGCUCAGAAAUCAGCACUGCUUCACUCAGGCCUUGCUACCUGUGUCUUGCUUUUUUAUGUGAGUUGGGGGAAUUUCCAGCAAAGUCAGACGUGCAUUUGGGGCCAAGGUGAGUCCAUCUCCUGGGAACAACUCUCAUCUCAUCCUAGUGAAGCACUGACAAGGAGGAGUUAUGUUUUGAAGACCAGCUGAGGCAUAAAGGAAAUGACUGGCAAAAGGCAUUAACAGACCUGGGAGUAGUACCCAUGAGUCCUAAGUGCCAGCCGUUUUCUCCCAUCCUCACUUAUCUCCCAGGCCUGGGGAUAGAUGCCAAGUCUUAAUGAUUGGACUCCCUGCUCCGCAAGCUCACUUCCUCCUCAAAGCUGGAGACAGAACCCAGGAAUUUCAAUUCCACUUCCCCACCCCCAGCUGUAAACACUAAACUCCACUUUCCUCCCCCCAGCUAGAAAUAGGACCCAGGAAUCCUGACGUGCAGGCCCAGUCUGCUCUAAGAACAAUGCAACUCCUAGAAUUUUCCCAUAAAAGGCAAAUGUUAGCUCCAACUUGAUGCAUAAAAUGCAAUCCCUCCAGGAUGGAUUGUGCCAAGCGCUUCCCUUAAAGGCUGCUUGUUUAGCACCAGUCCCCACAAGCAGGUUGCCGGGGGGCUUCAGGCGGAUCGGAAACUCCACCUGGAUUUUCGAUGCAUUACCAACAACCUUCCUGUCUCUGCAUGUUUCUUGUAGGUGAGAGAAGCAGGGAAACAGUUCUUGAUGGGGCUGGGCUGAGCUGGGCUCCAGCCCCUUCCAGCUAUUAUUAGAUCCUCCAGUGUUAGCUGCUCAGGAAGCCCGGGGCCAGCAGCAGGGAGCUGCGAGUCAUCGCUCUGUUAUGCUCUACAGCCAGGUUUGAACGCAUGCAAUCAGUCUAGAAGCAGGUGCCUCUGUAGCAUGACCUAAAGAAUAGUUCUACAUGUCCUGACUCCUAGGUUCCCUCCCGGAGAGCACAAAGCUGGCAUGAGAUACCCUUCAUCAGCAUUGUUCCCAGUCAGCUAGCAGGGAGCACUAUGCUGUCUCAGGAAACAGAAGCUGAAUGAAAUAUAGCAAAGCACUUCACAUACAUAGUGCCUAAGCUCCCAGGCUCUGCUGCUCAGAAAUCAAAGCCAUGGCCUAGCUCUUAAUACUUCAGCCCCCUCCAUUUUCCCCUUAUGCUGUUGUAAGAAACUAUUAGGUACCAACUGUGCCGCACAACAGAGGUGGCUGUAUCUUAGUGCUGGGCAAGCCACCCAUCUGCAGGGUUGCUGUCCGGCUCUCAGCUGGCCUCUGUACCGCAUGCCAGAAGUAGAUUCAUUUCAAUGCAGUGAAACAUCUCUGUAUAGUGUUUAAUGUAAUGGAGCUCUCAUUCCCUACAGAUAGAUGCCUCUUACUGUUGAUCGUCGAUCCAUCUGCAGCACUGCUGCACAGUUGUUAUUCGGCUGUGCAGAGCGGAGGUGGUUCUAUUUCCAAACAGGAUGAGUAAUUCCUGUGCAGCGUUACUGUACAAGUGUUACUCAGCUGCUAUGUUCCUCCCCAGAAUGGGCUGCAUACAUGCGGCAGAUCUUAGUACUUGGACUGAGAAUUACAGGAAGAUAAGAGAUUAAACCUGACAGCAACAAUACUAUCCUCUAGGGGCACUGUGCCUUAUCUGCCUCUUAUUACAAGCAAAAAAGCUCCAUGAUACUGCUGAGUGCUGAAAGGCAGCAGAUAGCACAGCUCUUAACGGUGGGGGUGGGGAAAAAUAGCAUUGCAGAGGUAUUUAAGAUUGCCAAAGGGCAAAAUAAUAACCUGAAGGAAUGCACGCUUUGUAGCUUCUGCAGGCCAAGCAUGUGUGCAGUCUCUCCCCUUCUCUCUCUCUCGUGCACACACACACACACACAUACAGCCUCUGCACAGCUACACCCCCUGCCUCCCCAUCCACUGCAGGGUCUUACCUAUAACUCCUCACCUCCUUCCUCAAGCCAGGGACCCUGAAUCCAGGCCUCCCAUUCUCUCCUCAUCACUAAGGGGAAGCAUGUCAUCAGCUCAGGUGACGAGAUGCCAGCAUCUCUGGGUGAUGGAACGCCAACAGCCACAGGGGCAAGGCCAAGUGCAGCAAAGGACUCUUUUCAAGGUGAUCAACAGAGUCAGGGCAAAGGAAAUCCAGUUCAUUCUUUGUAAUACAGAAAGAAAAAAAAAAACCAAGGUGCAGCACUGGGUCUUGGGGAGAUAAUUUCUCUUUUUAUCUUAGAAAUAAAUAUCAUUUGGUCAGGUCUUGCCUUCCCCACUUUGCUGGAGGUCUCCAUGGAGGAGGUUAACAUGUGGACCAGAAGACCUUGGAAGACGGGUAGAAACUGACUGUCACUGAAAGACUCUUACCCUCUGUAUUUUUUUUUUUUUUAGAUUUAGAUGCCAAUAAAGGGUACCAAAUCAAAUACAAA